AUGGAUAGAUUACGCCGAAAAUUUUCUAAAUUAAAAAACAAAUCCAAUCCAACAAGUGACGGCAGUGUAUAUAAAAAACAUGGUAAGAAUGACGAUCAAACGUAUCUGGAUACAAAAAACGGUGAAAUAUUCAGUAUAACAUCCUCUAUCGAUUACAUUGCCGAAGAGCUUUUUGCUAUUGCAAAGAAAUCUUCUCAUACGAUUCGGCUGUCGAAACUUCAUGACGAUUUGCUACAUUUAAAAGUAUUUAUUACAAAAAAAUUCAAAGAAAAUUCGGAAGAGCUUGUCGAUUCGAAUCGACAAAUCAGCGUAUUGAAACGGCAGUUGAACAAACAAUCCGUCGAUUUUGAUCUCGAUCCUGAAAGCUCAUUAAACACGAGAUACAAUCGAUCAUUCGCGAGCGAUCGCAGCAUGGCUGAUUCAACAUCGCAUCAUUCGCUAUGGUCACCCAAUUCAAUCAUACUGAGUUCAUCAUUGACGACACCGACAUUUCGUCGGCGCCUAGCUGAAACAUCGAUGUCUGAUAUCAACCAUUCAUCUGUGAUUCAAGAACAUUUUGUUUAUCUUUAUCAACAGCUGUGCUCGAAUUGCUCGAAAUGUUCAUGCUAUCAAUCAUUCAUUCGUAACCAAAUUGAAUUAGAAUAUCUAUCGAUCUGUUCAUACAAUGAACAAAUCAAAAGUGAAAACGAUUGUUUACAGCGCUUACUGGCUGAUUGUAAGCAUGCUUAUGAGCAACAGUAUGUCUUAUUCAGUCAAUACGAACAAUAUCUUAUUGAAUAUGAACAAUGUAUUCAAAUUCAAUACGAACUCAUCAAAGCUCUGCAACAAUUUGUUGACCGAUAUCAAAUAUCGUUCGACCAACGAAAACAUACGAUCAACACGCAUGAUGAUCAUUUGUAUCUCAAACCAAUUGAGUUAAUCACGAAAGGAGCACGUUAUGAGACCAAUGAUAGUGGACUCUAUCAAACAAUCUCUCUUUUACAAGAACAAUGUCAACGGCAUAUUUCACAAUUGCCCAAACGUGCUCAAUUAUUUUCCUAUUCGCACGAACAAUUUCAUCCUCCACCGAAUAUAUCGGGUGUCGUCGAUGUUGCUGAUCUUGAAAUUUCGAUCUUACUCGUCGAUUUACUAACAUUGAAACAUGAAAAUAAUGAAUUACGUUGGACGAAUGAUCGUUUCAUUCGAGAGACCAAGCUUUAUAAGAGUCGACUCGCCGUAUUGGAAUUAACCAACAGAUACUUCGAUAAAAAUUUCGUUAUCGAAGAUUCUUCAAACGAACUUAUCCAACGUGAAAAAGCACUUCGUUUAUACGUUUAUCGUCUUUCGGAUUUAUUACAAACAACAAGCAAUCAACUUGAAGAACGACAAACAUAUUACGAAACGCUCGUACGUCAAUUGAAAGUUCAACAUAAAGAACUAGUUGCUCAUAUUCGACAAAAUGAUCAUAAAUGA